ACAUCCCGGCCGUCCUCUUCCCCACACCACCAGGCCAGCCAAUAUGCCACGCCCUACGGCGGCCCUAGGAUCUGAUCGCACUCGCAAGGGCAAGGUGCUGAGGCGCACAAGUAGCCCAUCGAUAUGAGCGCCGCAAUCAGCGCAGUCGGCGGCCAGGUUGGAGGCGACCCGCGUCUCCGAGGGCUUCCGCGCCCCCCAGUUUGAGCUCCCGGAGCCCCUGACAGGGAAAAUCUGGACACUGGAUGACUUCGAGGGCAGCCCUGCUUUGCUGGUCAAUGAUUUUUUUUUUGGUUAAUCUGUUCAGAACUCAGUUUUGUUACCUUCAGUUAGACUAGGGCAGUGGAUGUGCACUCGCAAUUCACGCAACUUGUGGAAGGGACUUACGGGGAAGAUAUUUGUCACGUAGCUACUCUUGCCACAUCAUCUUAAUUGAGAUGUUUGAACAGCCACUUGGUUAUGUUCAUAUGCAAUCACUGUCCGUUUGUAAAACAUCUUAAAAAGGAUAUUGCAACGCUCACUUCAUUCUACAAGGAGAAAGGACUUGCUUCUAUCGCCAUAUCCUCAAAUUCAAUUGUGACAUAUCCCAAGGAUGGUCCUGAAUACAUGGCUGAGGAGGCAAAAUUGUUGAAGUACUCUUUUCCUUAUUUGUAUGAUGAGUCUCAAGAAGUUGCCAAAGCAUUUCGAGCAGUCUGCACACCAGAGUUCUACUUGUUCAAAAAGGAUGAGCAAAGGCAAUUUGAACUCUUUUAUCACGGCCAGUUUGAUGAUUCAGGACCCAGAAACAAUGUGCCAGUCACUGGAAGGUACAUAUUGUGAAACAAAUGCACAAACGGUCGAGGUUACCCAGUGCUCUUACUCAUUUUCAAUGUGUAAGGAUUUAAGCCAUGCAAUUGACUGUGUACUUAAUGGCGAAGAAUUGCCUUUCUACCAAAAACGAAGUGUCGGGUGCAGCAUCAAGUGGCAUGAGUGAAAUCAAAGAAGUAAUAUCAUCAGCAACUGGACAAGAAGCUAGGCAACUGAGCAAGCAGUACUGUCAUGCUAACUUCGUCGGCUGAACAUCGGCAAUAUAAUUUGGAUCGGAGGGAGUAGUACUUUUUUGGUACAAUGUACGAAAGAAAUGUCUUCAUAGUUUUAUCACAUUUCUGGUUUUAAGCCUCUUAUUAUAUUCAACUGA